CCCUCCCUGGCUGACGGCUCGCUCUCUCCCUCCUUCCCACAGAUGCAGUCACUAACUUCCUGUGAGUGUACCGUGUGCCGGGACUGUUUCAAGAAUUAUUUCACGUUCACCGUGCGGGAGAAGCACAUCAAAAACCUUGUGUGUCCAGGCUGUUCCAAACCCGAUAUUGACGACGAGGGACAGCUCCUCAGCUACUUCUCCACCCUCGACGUGCAGUUGCGGGACUGCCUGGAUGUUGAUGUCUACAACCUCUUCCACAAGAAGCUGACAGAGCGGACGCUGAUGAAGGACCCCAACUUUAAGUGGUGCACUCACUGCUCGAACGGGUUCAUUUACGACGGGAACCAGAGCAAAGUGAUGUGCCCGCAGUGCAAAGGCAGCUUCUGCUUCGAGUGUAGGAGGCCGUGGGAACCACAACACCAGGGGAUCAGCUGUGAGGAUUUCCAGAACUGGAAGAGGGAGAACGAUCCUGAGUACCAGGCACAGGGCCUGGCAGCCUACCUGAAGGAGAACGGGAUUGACUGUCCAAACUGUAAAUUCCGAUACGCACUGGCGAAAGGGGGCUGCAUGCACUUCAGGUGUUCACAGUGUCAGCACGAAUUCUGCAGCGGAUGUUAUAACACCUUCCUGAACAAGAAAAAAUGCAUGGACCCAGCGUGCCGCCUGAAGGAGACCCUGCAUGCACACCACCCUCGGGACUGUCUGUUCUAUCUCAGGGACUGGCCAGUGAACAGACUAAAGACUCUGCUGCAGAACAACAAGGUGACGUUUGACACAGACCCUCCCACUGGUGCUGAGCUGACACCAGGAGGUCGCUGUCGGGUCAUGGAGCAGAGGGAAGUGGGGGACAAUCUCACCGAUGCACCAUGUGGGGCAGAAGCUCACAACGGACAUGCAGGACUGUGCGAGUCCCACUAUAAGGAAUACCUGGUCAGUCGCAUUAACAGCCAUUCGCUCGACCCGGCCCAGCUCUUCAAUGAGGAAGAGAUGCAGCGACACCUGGCACGGUAUGGCAGAGUGCAGCCACCCAGAGCAGCGGGCGAGGAUGAAGCUACAUACAGGAACCGGCUGUUCCAGGCCAUCACCAGUAUUCCACUGGGAGACAAGAUUCCAAGGGUGAGGAAGUGAGCUCAGAUCCGGAAUUCUACCUGAAUCAAGACCAAGAAUAAAGUUUAUUCAAUAAAGCAAUUGCAAAAUGGA